CCUGGCUUGUUUGCUGGCUGGUGAACUUCCUGGGUCAGACGCUGCUGCUCGGUCUCCAUUGUGAGCCGUGGGGAGCCCGGGCUGAGCCGCUGCUGCUCCCCUGCGGGGGCUGGAACCAGCCCCUGGGGCAGCCCCGGGAUCUGCCGACACCAGCUCCUGAGCCGGAGCCUGCAGGGUCCAGAGCGUCUGUCUGCAGGGAAAGAGCCUGGGGGGAAUCGGGGUGUGAAAUGGAUUAAUGCCCCUUAUGGACCCUGCUCCAUCGCCCUUCUCACCCUGACAGGCUGCAGAAUUGCGUCCACGUUUCGCUCCAGAUCCAGAGACUGGGCAGAGAAAUGGCUUCUGCACAGCUGGUGCAGGAUGCAGCACAGCUCAGUGAGAUGCCGGUGACCUUCGAGGAUGUGGCUGUGUAUUUCACUGACGAGGAAUGGGCUCUGCUGAACCCCGGUCAGCGAACCUUCUACAGGGACGUCAUGCAGGAGAACUAUCAGAAUGUGACCUCACUGGGAUUUCUGAUUUCCAAACCUGACAUGAUCUCACAGCUGGAACAAGGGGAAGAGCCGUGGGUCCCAGAUCUCCAGGACUCUGAGGAAAGCAGGAUCCUAAAAGGUGCCCACACGGCAGGUGACUGGAUGGUGAGUGAGAACGAGGAGGAGAAUCCCCCACAGAAAGCUCCUAAACAAGUGGAGUUGCAUGGGUUGCUAUUGGGAAGAUCCAUAGGUGAUGCUCCCGCACAGGGAGAAGCUGGUGGGAGUCAGCUUGGAUCAAAGGAGCAGAAGGAAAAGCACUCAGGGAAGGGACAGAGCAAAUCCACUCCCCAUGAGGGCGUUUCCAGAGACGUCCACAAAACCACGGUCCAGCAGACCGGAGAGAUGCAGAAAAUAUGCCAGUACUGUGGGAAAAUCUUCAGCUGCAACUCACACCUCACUCGACACCAGAGAACCCACACGGGGGAGAGACCCUAUGAGUGCCCCAUCUGUAGGAAAAGCUUCGGUCAGAGCUCGCACCUGAUUGUACACGAGAGGAUCCACACGGGACAGAGACCCUUCAAGUGCGACGAAUGCGAGAAAAGCUUCAAUAGCAGCACGCGCCUCGUUGGACAUCAGAGAUGCCAUAGGAAGAAGAAACUCUCUAAAUUCCCUCUGUUGGCUAGAGCAAAUCCCACAUUUCCCAAUUCCUUGAGUAUCCAGCUACCUCUCUCUGGGGUCAGGGGGCAGCUGCAGGUGCCUCUGGUCUGCUCAGUGAAUCUCUGGCUCUGCCUCCAGUAGCAAACCCCAAGCAAAGGAGGAGAAGCCCCGAUCAGUUUUUCCUCAUUGCUGCACUGCCAGGCCCCUCUGCCUCUUGCCAGCCAGGGUGGGGUAGAGGAAAGAAGAACCUAGCUCCCCUAGCAACUCCUCUCCCUGGACUCAAAUCCAUUUCCACUAACCAAUUCCUUGAACUAAGCCACCUUUCUCCCACCAGAGAUCUCUCUACACUCACUGCUGGGUCUUGGGCUGCCCUCUUCCCCCUUAUUGGAGCUAUUUCAGGUGGGGUGGGUGUCCCAGAGGCCCUUCCCUUGUAGACUUUGGGAGGAAACCAGGGAGUUCAAAUGCUGAGGACUAAGACUCAGACUUUAAGGUCAGAAGGGACCAUCAUGAUCACCUAGUCUGACCUCCUGCAUAUUGCAGGCCACAGAACCACCCUUCUAACAGUCCCCUAACCUCUGGCUGAGUUACUGAAAUCCUCAA